AACACGAUGGCACAACCCUCAACAGAAUCCCUACGCCGACAAUUGGAAGAAAUCGACGCCAAAUCAGCCGCACUUCACGCAGAACUCGCGGAACUAGCUUCCCAGCGAGGCGGCGUUGUCCAGAAACUCAAAGCCGUUACUUGUCCCCAGUUCGCUACUCUCCCGGCCGAGAUUACCACCCAGAUAUUUUCGCACUACCACCAUGACAACUAUGUCAAGGUCCUCAGUCGAAAGCUCCCCAUUCCAUUCAUCCUCGCGGCCGUGUGUGGGUCAUGGCGUCAAGUAGCGCUGCAGAUGCCCCAACUUUGGACCCGGCUGAUGUUCGCCCCGUUUGGAUAUGCCGAUCCAAAGAACGUGGAGCGCAAGUUUAGGGACUGCGUUGCAUACGCAGGCGAAAACGCGGGGCUGGACAUCGUUUUCCAUGGACCGGCAUCGAUUGUCAGGGUCCAGACUAUCUUUGAAAAGGCGGAGCAAUGGGCGGAGCUCGCGAUUGGAGAAGGAAUGUUCCGUCAGUCGAGCGGCAAUUGGAACUUCGUUCACGGUCGUCUCACUCGCCUGCGAAGCCUGACAAUCUGGGCGGAAUCGUCAGGUUGGGGUGGGAGGGAGUCCAAUUUCGACCACGUUCCACCCAUCACUGUAUUCGAAACGGCGCCAUUGCUGGAGCAUGUCGCGCUUCUAGACAUCGAUGCAGAGAUGUUUUCUCUCCCGUGGACCCAACUGAAGACCCUCGAACUCUUAUCCCUCCGAAGUUUCGACACAGAGACAAUUCUACCCAUUCUUUGCCAACUUGUCCAACUCGAAACCCUCAAUCUCCGACUCCCCAUUGAAGCCCCUCCUCCAGAUUCGGCCCCAGUGCGUCUUGAGCGCCUUGUAUCUCUCACCAUUGACUGGGUUCUAUAUGCCAACACUGCUGCCAGGUAUGAACCAAUGGGUACGAUGGGUGCUGUCCAGAUACUACGCCUUUUUGAGCUCCCUAUACUCGAAGAACUUACCACAGAACUAUUUGACUAUCCAACUGUAACGGCCCUCGGAGAGCUGCUCACGCGAUCCGGCUGUACCUCUUCCAUGCGUCGUCUGGCGUUGACUGCCGACCACGGACAAAUCGACCCAGACGCGAUUUUGACGGUGAUCCCACGACUCGACAAGCUUCGAAUUGUCGGACUGGAGUGGCGCCAGCUCAUCUCCACUAUCCAUCGCCUCGCCAAAGAUACCGCUCCCCAAAUCCGGGAUUUACAACUGGAGACUGUUCCUGGGCGUAUUCCUUAUGCUCAAAUCGCUUCGCUCCUCGCAGCGAAGACGACUUCCCAAAACAUCAAUCUUGUGAUUCCUCCGUUUGAAGAGGGCUACGAUGGGCUCUCAACCAGCCCACAAGCAGACCGUGCGGCCAUGGACAAACUGCGUAGCGUGGUCUUGUCUCCGAAUGGCCCAAACAUCAACAUUCAAGGCAUGUCUCCCGCUAUUGCUGCGCAACUUGAGCAGAUUGCGCCGCCUUUGUACACCCUCGGAGUUGACACCGCUGAUUCAGAUUCCAACACACAUGAUGGAGAUGGAAAAACCUGUAAGUAA